GCUGCGUAACUUCACGGUGUUAUUCUACCCGUUGCUAUUCCUUGCCACCCCAGCGUCUCCUUUAGCUUGAUGCUUUUACUCCCAGUGCGCCUGCGUCCAAAAAAGAAUUUCUCCUUCCAUGUCGUAUUCACCUUCGUUUCGUCAUCCCGGCCUGUCCUCGAGGAGAAAACCUCGAUAUUCCAUUCGUGGACUCGGGUUGAGCCUAGUUUCUCCAUUCUUGACCGCGUCCUGCGCUUGCCAUUGCUGCUACUCGCGGAAUCAUCCUGAAAGUGCGCGGGUGGGACCCUGCCUUGGAUGGGUGGGCAGUGACGUCACUAUAUUUAUGUCCCCCCAACAACGCUACAUCAUGCAGCCCUGGCACCUGAACAUGCCCCAGCAAUUCGAAAGCCAGAGUCCAGGCUGCUGUCCACAGCAACCAAAUCCGCGAUGCGCCAUGCAUUCCGAUGCCUUCCCUCAUUGAAGGCAACGAGGGUCAAACUACCAACGUCUGCUCCCAGGCCGCGAUGCCCUCCCACGGGGAUUGACCCUCGGCUUUGUCUGCCCAUCUCGUUCUCAGCGCGGCGUUGGGACAACAAGUACGAUGAGAAAGCGAAGGGGCUCGACCGGAAGGGGCUCGACAAGCAUGAGCAGGAAGUCAAGGUCCGACAACACCAGGCCAAGCGGCCAUGGCACCGGGAGAACGCCGACAAGCCACCCGCCGACGACGCCGGGAGAGACGCCAAUUCCAUGACAAAAGGGAAGCUUUUGACGACGCCAACCCGCCUGUUGAAGCUGGUCCUGCCCCUGCCCAUCAGCGUAGCCCAACAAGAAUCGAACGACUCGGGAGACGGAGACAACGCCCGGGGCGUGUCGAGCGGCGAGACCAUCCAGCCACUCGCCCUGCUCGUGCACCCCCAGCAGCCGCUAUCCUACGUCGAGCGCCUCAUCCAGGCCGAAGUGCCGCCGAUAACGGUGAACGGCAAGGAGAAGAUCCCCAGCGUCUACUUCCGCGCCGAGGACACCAUGGGCAGCGACAACAAGCCGACGACGCGGGGCGAGGCCAGGGCGCGGGACAAGAAAGCAGACGGCACCUCGUCGAGGGGCGUGGGCAAGAGCGGCGGGCCCACCACCCACGUGGCGUCCUACUCCGGGCUGGGGCGCGAGGGCCCCGAGCGCAAGCGGGCGGACAAGAGCUGGGUGCGGUGGAGCAGCAGCACCGAGAUGGGCGACUUCAUCCGGGACGCCGCGCGGGGCCGCGAGUUCGCCAUCGAGAUCGAGGGGUGCGGCGACGAGGUGCGGGUCGGGGUGCCGUCGUUCGGCGACCGCACCCACUACAUGCGCGUGCGCCUGCGCAAGAUGAGCCGCCGCAUCGACGAGCUGGCCAGGAUCAAGCACGACUGCGACAUGCUCGCCCACCGCGGCGCCCACCGCCUCGCCAAGGGCGGUUUCGCCGUCCUCACGGGCUGGUGGGGGGUCGUCUUCUUCACCACCUUCUUCACCGACUUUGGAUGGGACCUCGUCGAGCCCGUCACCUACUUGGCCGGCCUGACGACCAUCAUGGGCGGCUAUCUCUGGUUCCUGUACAUCAGCCACGACCUGAGCUACAAAUCCGCCAUGAACGUGACCGUGUCGAGGCGCCAGCACGCCCUCUACGAGGCGAGGGGGUUCGACCUGCAGAAGUGGGAGCAACUGCUGCACGACGCAAACGCGCUGAGGGGUGACAUCAAGAAGGUCGCCGUCGAGUACGACGUGGAUUGGGAUGGGACCAGCGACGUCAGCGACGACGUCAAGGAGGUUCUUGAUAAACAGGAGAGGAAAGAGGGGCGUAAAUCAGAGACCGACGACGAUGAUGGGUCACCUGCGUCAGAGGAAGACACGCCCGAAGACAGGAAGAGUGAGAAGGAAGAGGAAGAGGAUACGGGCAAGCCAGCUUCAUGAUCUGGUAGACAUACAAUAAAUACUCUUUGUUAGUGCUUUGUGCAUUGUGUAUUGUUGGGACAAGACGUCACGGUCCAACAUCUGCCAAGCCUGGCCGAUUUCCCACCUUCUUCUUCUGCCCGUGGGCUAUGCUCGAUGUUGCUUCCGAUCGCCUGGUCUACUCUGUCCCCCCACCCACCUCCCCCCCCCCAAAAAAAAAAAAAAAAAAAAGUUGAAAGGAAACUCGACCCAGCAAACAAGUGGCGUCUACCGUUCCCCAUAAAAAGUAACAUCCCCCUCCCUGCGGACCUGCCACAGACCCAGCCGGAGGCGGAAUAGCCAUGCAUCCAUCUUC